UUGCCUCUGCCUCCUGCUAUAGGUAUAUUGAAGACUACGUAUAACUCCUAGAAAUCAUGAGCAAGUAAAUUACAAAAAUAAUAAUAUAUAUAUAUCACAAUAGUUAUGCAACAUAAAAUGCCUUGACUUGCGCUAUAUUUCAUUAAAUUAUACCUGACUAACGAGAAACCACUAGGAACCUUCACCCUGUACAUGAAUGUGUGUCGAUUUUACUUUCAAUUAAGAUGGCUUAGCCUAAUUAUAACCUUUUUUAAUGUAUUGCACUUACAUUUAGUAUGGACAUGUGAUUUCUUCUCCAUGCAGUUAACAAGUCUGUUUACUCCACGAAUCAUCAUGAAGUUGGCCUUUAUUCUCGUUCUCGUUCUGCCCUUGGUCAUGUCUGCACCACAGAAAAAGGCUGUCAAUCCAUUUGUGAAUAGUCUAUUAAACAUUUUCCACGCAGAUGAGCUCAAACAGUUAGUUACAGAUUUAGUUGACGAUAUUGGUUCUGACGAUAGGGAGGGAGAAUGUGAAAAAGAGUGUAACCAUCUCGUAGACACCCAGUUUAGUGGCACUGUCAACAUACUGUCACAUACAGUUUGUCCUCUGGCUUGCCAUUCGUUGCAGGAGUUGGCCCACUUCUUCCAUGUACCUACUCCCAUGAGCACUGCCAGUGUAUAGAACGGACAAGGUGGCUUUAUUUGGAUUUUACAUAUGUGCCCACUAUCUUAUAAGAGGAUGGCAUAAACUGUUUCGAGUAUGUUAAUUUUGAUUGUAUACAAUUAAACAUACAUAUAAACCAAUCGAAAU